UGUUCGCAAGGCCGGUUCCUCCGAUUUGGAGCGCAGUUCGUUCCGCAGGCAGCGAUUUGUGGGGGGGGAAGCUUGGACCGACCGCCACCAACCAAAGACAAAGAUCCCCCGUGUAGCCUUAACAGACUGUCGGGGCAAGUACUGUUAGCGAGUACCUAUGAAGGCACACGACGGGGUGGUUGGCCAGCACCACGCCCGGCCGCCUUUGUCUCCCCAGCGGUGAUGUUUACACACCGCACACAAGAUACUCAUUCGAGGCUGAGUCGACCUAAGGUGAGGCCCAGGACCGCUUUGGAUAAUCACCACCGGUGUUGACCGUGAACGGGAAUCGAACCCCGGGUGGCCGGGGUAUUCAAUUUGGCGCAGCGUAGCGCCAACCACUGCGCCACCGCUCCCCGGCACCACCAGCACCGCGGCGGCGGAUUCCAGCAGCCGCGGGGGGCGCACGCCGAGAGCACCACCGCUGCUGCUGCUGCUGCGUGGGCGGCCCGUGGCGGCCCACGCGGCCGCGUGCAGGGGCCACGCCGCCUGAUGCGAGAGCUCCCGAAGAGACGGAGAGCGACGGAGCGAGAGAGACAGAGGGGGUGGGGGGGGGGCUGAACUCCUCGUCUCGUCCGGCACCAGUAGCAGCAGCGGCAGUAACAGCAUGCGUCCGCCUGCUGCUCGACGGAGUCAAGAGUUUACUGCUACCUAGUAGACAGUGGAGGCAGCGAGAGAGGGGGGAGGGAGAGCCUUCGAAAACAUCGCGGGUGUCUGCCGCCUCUGUCUGACGGCGAGCAUGGCUAAGAAUUGUGACGUGAAGCUGGCUGUGAUGGGGAGAGCUGGCGUCGGAAAGUCCGCGUUGGUGGUGCGGUUUCUAACGAAGAGAUUUAUCUGGGAAUAUGAUCCUACACUGGAGUCCACCUACCGACACCAAGCAAUAAUUGAUGAGGAACCAGUGACCAUGGAGAUCCUGGACACGGCUGGGCAGGAUGAUUCUGGCCAGAGGGAAGGCUACGUGCGCUGGGGGGACACCUUCCUGCUGGUCUACGAUACCACGGACAGAUGCAGCUUCGACGAGAUUGCCCAGAUUAAGGCUCAGAUUGAUGAAAUCAAGAAGCCACAGGUUGUGCACACAGUGCUCCUGGGAAACAAGAUCGACUUGGAUCAUGCACGACAGGUGAGCGUGGAGGAUGGCGAGCGCCUGGCAGUGGAGCUCGGCUGCGCCUUCUUCGAGUGCUCGGCGUGCAACGGCGACGGCUGCAUCAGCGACGCCUUCUACGACGUCUGCCGCGAGAAGCUCCGGCAGCGCGCGGCGCAGGGCAAGGCGCGUCGUCGCAGCUCCACCACCCACGUUAAGCAAGCCUUCAACAAGAUGCUCACCAAGAUCAGCAGCUAAGCCGGGGGCUCCCGCCGCCGCGGGCCUUGUCGGCAAUCGGCAUCCGUGUCCGUGGGGUGUGCCGGAGUCGAUGGUUGACCGAGAUCUGGAACCGUGGUGUUGAACUGGAAUGUGCGUGUGUGGAGCUUCUUUUGCACCGUACGUUGCCAACCGUGCUUAUCGGAGGUGCGGGAGAUAAUCGGCAGGUGCGGGGGAUAAUCGGUAGGUGCGGGAGAUAAUCGGUAGGUGCGGGAGCUGAAUUAGAGGAUACCACACGGUGUUGAUAUUCCUGGUUGGGCCACCACCGAGGAAGCGGUGGUGGCCCAACCAGCGUCAUCCCAUAUGCACUGGAGCAUCGCUUUGGCAUGCAUUCCGCAGCAGCUAAUGCUGCAAAUUCCUUCAAUGAGAAAUGGCAUUAAAAAAAAAACUGUAAUAAUUGUAUUUAUUUAAGGAGAGCUUUUAUGAAUGAACAUUAUAGUAAGUAUAAUUGUAUUGUUACUGUUAUAUGUCAGUUUAACUGGUAAUUUGAUCAUUACAAAUAUAUAUUCCUUAUGGCACAGCGUUUAAACUCUUAAAAAUAAUUCAAAUUAUUUUUUGAAUAAGCUGAAAUAGUCGAAGUGUUUUACUUGGGGAGCUUCUAGGGGGUUGGGCCUAUUUCUGGACGACAGUUGCUUAGAUUAUUUACCAAGAACGGUACAAUUCCAGAAACGUGUAAUGUACUCAGAAAUUAACACCUAGCAUUGUUUAAAAGGGGUAUUUGGUGGAAACAAAGAAUUGUGAAUGCUUAUAUUCAAAACGUGCAUUAUUCAAUAAAGCAACAUUCAUUUUUA